UGCCAUCAGAAUUCGCACCCCGCACACUCCGAAAAGCCAUCGCCAGGCUUUUAGGUCAUGGCGAGCCUUGGGAAGAAGACGGGAAAUAGCGGCAACAUUCGGCAGUUUCGCUCCGGCGACCCCAUGGACGAAAAGGAGUCCAACCGGACGUGGGAUUGCCUGAAGCAUGCAAUCCACCAGAUCCAUCAGCAUAACGCAUCCUCCCUGUCCUUCGAGGAGUUGUACCGGAAUGCCUACAACUUGGUACUGCACAAGUACGGCGAGCUCUUGUACAACGGCGUCCAGAACGUGGUAGCGGACCACUUGAAGAUCGUUGCGCAAAGCUGCAUCGAGUGCCCCGAUGACCGGCUUCUAGACGAGCUGAAGAAGCAGUGGGAUGACCACAAGACCACCAUGGUCAUGAUUCGCGACAUCCUCAUGUACAUGGACAGAAACUUUGUGACGCAGUACAAGAAGGUUCCGGUGUACGAGAUGGGUCUCAUCAUCUUCCGGGAGAAGGUUUCAGGCCACCCACGCGUGAAGACGCACUUGAUGACUCUCAUGCUGGACAACAUCAAUGCAGAGCGAAGAGGGGAGCAGGUGGACCGCAUUCUACUGAAGCACACAGUGAACAUGCUGGUGGAACUUGGCGUUCAGGGCAAGAAUGUGUACCGCGAAUGCUUCGAGGAUCAGUUCCUAGACCACACGAGGAAGUUUUAUCAGGACGAGUCGAAGCAGUACAUUUCGCAGAAUCCCUGCUCAGACUACCUGAAGAAGGCGGAAAGGCGAAUUCGCGAAGAGAAGGCACGUGUGCAGAACUAUCUUCAUGAGUCAACUAUGGAGAAGAUACAGGAGCUUUGCGAUGAAGAGUGGAUCUUGGUGCACUACAAGACCUUGAUUCACAUGAACAACUCAGGGUGUGCCUGGAUGUUCGAGCACGACAAGGUCCAAGACCUAGAGAGGAUGUAUGUGCUCUUUAGCCGAGUGCCUCAGACGCUGAAGGAAGUGCAGAAGGUGAUGAUGGACUGCAUGUGCGAAGCAGGACGGGACGUGCUGAACGACCCGGACAAGGUGAAGGAUCCAGUGUCCUUCAUCACAGCAAUCCUGAACCUGAAGCACAAGUACGACAGGUUUGUCAAGGAGUCCUUCAAAGAGAGCAAGGACUUCCAGCUUGCCCUGAAGCAGGCCUUUGAGUCCUUCCUCAACAAGGACACACGCACGGCUCAGUACUUGUCGCUCUACGUGGAUGACCAGUUCCGCAAGGGCCUGAAGGGCAUGUCCAGCGACGCGGACGUGGAUGCAGCCCUAGAGCAGGUGGUCACGGUAUUUCGGUUCUUGCAGGACAAGGAUGUCUUCGAGAACUUUUACAAGCAGCAUCUGGCUCGCCGUCUUUUGACAGGGCGGAGCGUCAGCGACGAGGCGGAGCGGAGUAUGAUCUCCAAGCUGAAGAGUGAAUGCGGACAUCAAUACACCUCCAAGCUGGAGGGCAUGUUCCAGGACAUGAAGCUCUCAGAGGACAUCAUGAAGCAGUACAAGAACUCCUUCGCCACUUCCGCGGCGCGAAGUUCCAGACCAGGACCGGCAUCUUCUUCCGCAUCAGCCAUCGACCUGAAGGUGUCGGUGCUGACGAGCGGCUUUUGGCCAGGCCCGCCAGGGGCGCCCUGCGAGCUGCCGCCGGAGGUGCAGGAGUGCUGCAGCCGCUUCGAGACCUUCUAUCUUGCGAAGCACACAGGGCGCAGGCUCUCCUGGCAACCCCAGCAUGGCUUUGCGGACCUCAAGGCGCACAUGCCCAAGUCCAAGCACGAGCUGAACGUCUCCACGUACCAGAUGUGCAUCUUGAUGCUUUUUAACCAGCACGGAAACCUGAGCUAUCAGGAUUUGCAGCUCCGAACCAACAUCCCUUUGGAGGAGUUGAAGCGGCAUUUGAUGAGCCUCUACGUCAAUCCCAAGGCCAAGAUUCUGGUGAGACUGGACGCAGACAAGGAGAAAAAGGAUCUGGAGGACAGCGACCAGUUCGCGGUGAACCCUCAGUUCGAGAGCAAGCUCUUGCGGAUCAAGGUACCACUGGUGCAGCUCAAGAGCGCGGACGGGCCAACCAUGUCACGGGAGGCUCCUGACGGCUCUGCGGGCGGCGAUGUGCCUGCCACGGUGGAAGAGGACAGAAAGCAUCUGGUGGAGGCAGUCAUUGUUCGCGUCAUGAAGAGCCGAAAGCAGCUGGAGCACAACCAGCUUGUGAUGGAGGUUACCCGACAUCUCACCGCCCGCUUUCAGCCGUCGCCGACGCUCAUUAAGCAGCGCAUCGAGAAGCUGAUCGAGCGGGAGUACCUGGAAAGAUCGCAGUCGGACAGGAGAGUCUACAACUACUUGGCCUGAGUGCAUUCCUCGCUGGCGGUGGUUCCAGCUUCAUCCAGAGUUCAAGAGAUAAGAUAGGCCACAGCCGGUUGAUUGGUGCGGCAAGAGCAUGGAGUGAAC